UCUGACAUAGCCGCUUGCGAGAUUGAAAGACGAUAUUUUGUCAAUUAUUUAAGAAAUUUAUGGAAAAUACAGAAAAUGCAGAAGACUUUCUCAAUGAACUUUAUUAUUUUGCUAAUGCUGAAAAAGAACCAAUGAAAGAUAGGCGAAAAGAGUGUCAGAGAUGCGGCCGACCAGAAACAGUUUGCUGGUGCCCGUUUCUUCCAGAUGAGAGGAUAAAGAUAUCUACUGAUGUUUUCAUUCUCCAGCAUCCUUUUGAAGAGUUAAGAAAGUUGAAGACAGCUCCAAUGUUAAAACAAAGUUUAGAGGAGGGAAAGUGUACCAUCAUUAGAGGGAAAAGAUUCAGUAGAAGGAAUAUCAAGUACCCAGAUCUCUCUGAGGUGUUACACUCUCCAAAGACGGUUUUGCUGUUCCCCGGUGACGAUGCUGUAGAUAUAGCGGAGUUACCUGCCCAUGAUGGCCCCUAUAAUCUAGUAGCCCUUGACGGAACAUGGACACAGGCAAGGGGCAUGUAUAUAAAUAAUCUACUUCUCAAGGUGCCAAAAAAGGUGAUGAUUAACUGUGAUAGAAAGAGCAAAUAUGUGAUACGUACUCAGCCAACAGACAACGCAUUGUCAACUUUGGAAUCUGUGGCUGUGGCACUCUCCAUUCUUGAAAACAGACCGGAACUGGCUGAUGUUCUUACAGCUCCACUUGACGCCCUCUGUGAUUUCCAACUACAGCAUGGAGCCGUUCAACACCAGAGUAAAGAAUUUAAAAUUGCCAAUGGAUUGUGGCAGAAAGCGUUGCCGAAAAAGGUGAUUCGUCGUAUGGAGAAAGAAAAACACUUGAUGAAAGAACAAGAGAAAACUAAUGGAAUAGAAGAGGAAGCCAGAUGAUGUUGGCUUAAAAUUAGGCUGCAGUAAAACCUGUCUAUAAAGACCAUCUUUGGAAAGCCUUAAAGUGGCCUUUACUUGCAUGUGUUCUUAAUUAGAAUUAAGAAUGUAAUCAGGUAGUCUCUUUUCACAGGAGAUCUCUGUGCACCAAUAUUCUCUGUUCACAGGUAGUAUCUGUUCACAGAUGAUCUAUGUCCAUAGAUGGUCUCUGUGCACAUGAAGUCUCUGUUCACAGAUGGUAUCUGUUCACAUAUGAUCUAUGCCCACAGAUGGUCUUUAUGCACAUGAAGUCUCUGUACACAGAUGGUAUCUGUCAAUAGAUGAUCUAUGUCCACAGAUGGUCUCUAUUUACAGGUGUCUGUUCACAUAUGGUUUAUGUUCACAGAUUGUCUCUGUUUACAGGAGGUGUCUGUCCGCAGAUGGUCUAUGUUCAAAGGUGGUCUAUGUUCACAGGUGGUCUGUUCUCUGUUCAUAUGUGGUUUUUGUCUAGGUUUUGCUAUUUUUAUCGAAUCUUGUUAUUUAUUCAUGAAAAAUGGUGUUUAUGAAGAUUUUUUAUUCCUUGUGAAACGCUUGAAUCCUUUUAUUUAUUCGUUAUUUUGCAUUUUCUAUUUUCCAGUUUUCUUUUUCAUGGGAAAUUUUUUAUUAUUUUUCAUUAACCGGAAUAAUAGGAGGAUUGUGAAAGCUAUUCUGCUCAGCAUCUGCUCAAUUAUGAUUUUGUUUUAACCAAACUGAAGAAACCUGAUACAAAUGUUCACCUCAUCAAAACAAUGUGCAGAGCCAUGUUUCGGAUGGGUCACUUCAAGGUCAAGGUCACACUUAGGGGUCAAAGGUCAUAUGACUUUGUUUUGUGUGUGUAUUGCUGUAGGGAUAAUACACGUGUUUUUAGCUCUCCUGUCACUUAGUGACAGAGUGAGCUUUUGUGAUCACCCGUCCUCCGUCUGUCAUCCGCCCACAAUUUCUUGUGAACAAGAUAGAGACCACAUUUUGCAAGCAAUUUUGAUCAAACUUGUACAAAACUUGUACUGGCAUGAUAUCUCAGUUCAUUUCGAAAACUGGCCAGAUCCCAUAAUGGGUUCUAGAGUUAUUGCCCCUUAAAGGCCCAGAAUUUGCUAUUUUUGUGUGUCUACAAUUUCUUGUCUGCACGAUAGUGGUUUCAUUUAUGAUUUUAUUUUAACCAAACUUGCACACAACUUGUAUCACCAUAAGAUCUUGGUUCCUUUCUUGAACUGGCCAGGUCCCAUUAUGGGUUCAAGAGUUAUGGCCCCUGAAAGGGUCAAAAUUAGCUAUUUUGACCUUGUCUGCACAAUAGCAGCUUUAUUUAUGAUUUGAUUUUUACCAAACUGGCACACAACUUGUAUCACCAUUAGAUCUUGGUUCCUUUUUGAACUGGCCAGAUUCCAUUAUGGGUUCCAGAGUUAUGGCCCCUGAAAGGGCCAAAAUUAGCUAUUUUGACCUUGUCUGCACAAUAGCAGCUUCAUUUAUGUUUUUUUUAACCAAACUUGCACACAACUUGUAUUACCAUAAGACAGGGUUUCACAAAUCUGCAAAUUUACUGAUAGCCCAUUGGGCUACCAAAAUUUUAAUCUGGUAGCCCGAACAUUUAAGUUUAAUUGGCAAUGGCCAUUUCGGUUUAUUUACUAUGUGCUUCUAAACUACAGUGGAUGGAAUGAUUAAAUUAUUAGAGGUUUCAUAAUUUUAGCCAUACCCACAUUGUUAUAAAUUUUGUUCUCUUAAAUAGCAAUUAUCAUUACUCCUUUUUCUCAUUUUAAAAGAUAAAACUACAUGUUUUUAAACUGAGAAAUAUUAUCAGGAGUACUCCUGAUAGUUAUUGCAACAUGGCAAUAAAAAAAGGAAUGCAAAUCAAUUUUUAUAAACUUGCAAAUUCUUUAGAACUUACUAACUUAGAGCUGUAUGAAUUGUAAUUUAUCUCAAAAUUAUUUAAAGUUGAUCCUGUUUGAUUCUAAACAUCUGUCUGGUUUAAUAAACGGACUAGAACCGCGUAUAUAACGUCUCUCAGUUUCUUGGCACUGUGUAUUCACUUAUCCUAAUUUAUGUUUGUCCAAAAUUCUGUAUACUUUCUGAUAUUUUGCAAAAUCAUGGUCAAAUAUUUUGCAUGUUAGGCAAGUAUUUAAAUUGAAAAGCAUAAACAAUCAGUGUAAGCACUAAACUGCCUCAAAGUCAAAUAUCUAUUCUUUCUGAUCGCUCGAUAAAUAUUGAGGUCAGCGAAAUCUAAAGUACACUUGGCAGGUGGCGCUAAAAUGACGUAAUUUUAAGACUGGUUUGCAUAUUGUUUUAAACAAUACCCAUCAGCGAUUUUGAUGUUAUUGGAUCAGUCUAAAAUCACUCCUGCACAUGUUUUUGUAAACAUUUGCCUGCGGAUACGAUUGAACGGUUAUUGUUUGCCGAUUGUGACAGUAGGUGGUAAGAUAAUUAAAGCCUCGGGCAUGUAUCUCUUGAUAAACAAGGGGAUUAUAGACAACUAUCAAAAUUAUAUUUGAAGACUAAAUAAUUGAUUUCCGGGCUACUCGAUACGGAAUUUCAAGGAAGCCCGGCGGGCACGCUCUGAAAAAAUUUAGCAGCCCGACUGAAUUUUCUGGUAGCCCCCGGGCUCCGAACAUGGGAUUUCUGAAACCCUACCAUAAGAUCUUGAUUCCGUUCUUGAACUGGCCAGAUCCCAUGAUGGGUUCCAGAGUUACGGCGCCUGAAAGGAUCAGAAUUAGCUAUUUUGACCUUGUCUGCACAAUAGCAGCUUCAUUUAUGAUUUGAAUUUAAUCAAACUAGCACAAAACUUGUGUCAUCAUAAGAUCUUGGUUCCUUUCUUGAACUGGCCAGAUCCCAUAAUGGGUUCCAGAGUUAUGGCCCCUGAAAGGGCCAAAAUUAGCUAUUUUGACCUUGUCUGCACAAUAGCAGCUUCAUUUAUGAUUGAUAUUACCCAAACUUGCACACAACUUGUAUCACCACAAGAUCUUGGUUCCUUUCUUGAACUGGCCAGAUUCCAUUAUGGGUUCCAGAGUUAUGGCCCCUGAAAGGGCCAGAAUUAGCUAUUUUGACCUUGUCUGCACAAUAGCAGCUUUAUUUAUGUUUUUAUUUUAACCAAACUUGCACACAACUUGUAUUACUAUAAGAUCUUGGGUUCCAGAAUUAUGGCCCCUUAAAGGUCCAAAAUUGGCAAUUUUGGCUUUUGCAGCCAUAUAGAGACUUCGUUUAUGGUUUUAUUUAAUACAAACUUUCAGACUAUCUUCAACAACAAUAAAUCUUGGAUUCCAUGACAAAUCAGAUCCAAUCGUAGGUUCCAGAGUUAUUUUAUAUCUGAUUACCUCCCCUGUUUGUAAUCAAAAUGGAUUUAUAUCAGUAAGAACUUAUAGGACUUAUUUGAAAUUUCAUUAUUGUCAUUAGUUGGACUGAGCCAAUCAGGGUAGAUAACUAUGGACUGAUUUUAUGUCAGAUUACCUCCCUUUAUUUCAAAUUAAAAUGGGUAUAUCUCCGUAACUAAUGAAGAUACUGAUCUGAAAUUUCAUUUAUUUCAACAGAUUUAUUUGGCAGAUCCUUCUUUUGUUCACUUACAAUAUUUUAUUUUUUUUAAUUACUUCCCUUUUACGUUACUAUAAAUAGCUUAUUUUUAGUAACUUUUUUAUUAUUUGCCGUAGGGAAAAACUGAGACCACUUUUCUGUGGUACAACAUGGAUGGUAUCUCCUAUUUUUAGGUGUAGUUUGACAUAUCUGUACCUUGUAAGAAUUUUUUUUCUUUUUGGUUAAAUUUCUUCACUUUGUUGUUUCUGUCCUUUGGACUUAAAUAUUUUUUUCUGAGGACCUUUUUGUCCUCGAGUGCAAUGAUAACAGGUGAGCGAUAUAGGGCCAUCAUGGCCCUCUUGUUUACGAAAUUAUGCCCCUUUUUUGACUUAGAAAUUUUUGGUUAAGGUUUUGUAUGUAAGCUGAUAUCUCAGUAUCCACUAAUGGGAAUGGAUUGAAACUUCACUCACUUGUUCACUGUCAUAUUCUGCUGAUAAGCACUGUGCAGGUUCCUUAACCCUGUUUUCCAUUUUUACAAAAUUAUGCCCCUUUUUCGACUUUUGUAUUCAUUCAAUUGACAAGGCUGUUGAAUAGUCGAGCGUUGCUGUCCUCCGACAGCUCUUGUUUUAUCUCCCAUUAUUACAAACAUGAAAUUACCAAAAAAUGUUCAUAUAACUUCAACAUUUGGUAAACAGGAGGUAAAUUUCAAGAAUAAUAACUUUACAUUCGAGUUAUUUUGAGUACAGAUACAUUAGGAGUACGGAUUAGUACGGACGUAAUGUCAAACUUUCAAGCUGUUUAUAUAAGUUCUUCCAGAAAUUAGAUAAAAACAUAUCGACUGAUACUUACCAAAAUCAUAAAUAUGAUUCCUAUAAACAAAACAAUCGUACAAGUUACUCGCGAUUCUUAAAUAUUCACGGAUAUCUACAAAAACUGAAACAACGCAGAGUUCUAAAAGGGGAGUAAACAAGGGAAGAAACGAGUACGAACAUUGUUGGGGGCAGCGCCUUUGGCGUUGGUAAGUGAUACAGCAAAACAUUCUAUGGUUUAGAUUGCAUCUUUUAUGCUACAAAAAGAGGUUUUUAUGAAAGAAACAAGACGCAUAUACCAGAUGUCAGUCUGCGCAGAAAUACAUAUAUGUCUUUGGGAAUGCAUUUCAAAAAUGAAAAUCAGGUAUUAACAGCAUGUGAAUUGCCUUGCUUGCACACAGUUUCUCUCCCGUUAAUACAUGGGCGGAUCCAGUGAAAAAAGUAGUUUUUAUGCAAAAAUCUGCAUUUGCGUUGCAUUGCAGUGCUCCUGUUUUUAUUUGGCAGAUCCUUCUUUUGUUCACUUACAAUAAAAAAUUUUUAUAAUUACUUCCCUUUUAUGUUACUAUAAAUAGCUUCUUGUCCUUAAGUGCAGUGAUAACAGGUGAGCAAUAUAGGGCCAUUAUGGCCCUCUUGUCUUAUAUUUAUUUAAUCAUUUAACAUUUUUGUGAUUAGGCUUUUAAAAGUCACGUAUCUGACAGCUCCUCUUUACUUCUUACGCAUUUUCUGAAAGAUUUGUUUAAGGUUUCGAUGGCCAGAUCCCAAUAAGAAAUAUGUGUUUUAUGAAAUCAUGUAAUUAUCUCCCUUCAAGAAAAGUCAAACAGGUUUCUUUUAAUUUUAGUCUGACUUUCCUACAUCACCUAUUCCAGUUGAUAGUUAAUUGUAUAUUCCAACAAGCUGAACCAUUUAUCAAGCUUAAAAACUGUUUUAUAGCUUCAUAAUGGAGUUAUGUUCAAAUCUGUGAAAAGGGAGGUGAUAAUACUUCUUAAAACAUUGUAUUUCUAUUGAAUUAUUGCUAUGUAAGUAACAUUUCAUGCAAAUCUUUCAAACUGUCAUUUUAAUUUUUUCAUUCUAUGUGUAAAAAUAGAAAUUAUGCUAGAAAGCUCAAUCUUAGGCAAUCAGAGUAGAAAAAAAUCCAUUUUUAAAAGUACUGACAACAUAAUUAUUAUGUGGAUAUUUUAUAUUCUCAGUUAGUGUGGAUAUGUGUAAAUAUAUUACCUGACCAAAUUUCAACUGAGCUCCUUAAGAAAGGAACUUUUAAAGGGGCCAUAAUUCUGGCCAUCUCAAACCCUAUUAUAUCUGAUAUUUGUCUGAAAUACACUUAUAAUCGGUUAUUUAUUAGCUCACUUAAGGACAGAGUGCUCAAGGUGAGCUAUUUGGAUCACUCCGUGUCCAUCAUGCAAAAUGUGUUUUCUGUUGUUAGCACUCUAGAGGUAUCAGUAUUGACCCAAUCUCCAUGAAACAUGGUCAGAAUCUUACCCUCAUUGGAAUCUCUGUUUAGUUUGAAACUUGGUUUUCUGAGGUUUUGAAUUCUAAUUAAAGUUCAAAACUAGAUAACAUGAUUCAAAAACAAAAUGAUCAGGUAAAAUCUUAGAAAAACCUUGUUAGCGGUCUAGAGGCCACAUUUUCUUUUGUCUUCUUGAUUUUUGUUGGAAUGUUCUUAUUGAAUCAAAACUGGGCUGCCUAAGAUCAAAACAAAGGCCAUUAGGUUAAAUCACAGACAAACCAUGUUUUCGCACUAGGGACCUCAUUUUUCUCUACGAUUUACAUAAAAUUUGUCAGAUAUUGUUUCUAUGAUAUAUCUAGAUAAGUUUGAAACUGGAUUUAAAUUUAUAACUUACUAUAAAAAAAACUAGGCUACUAGAACAAAUCUUAAAGAGGGUUUCUUAACACUCUAGAGGUCACUUAAUUAUAUAAUUUUCUGUUUGAUGUCAUAAAAAUUUGUCACAAUGUUUUCUUGUUUAAAAUCUAAGAUAAAUAUAUGUAAUUGUCACUUGAGUAAAAGCCUAGGUCACUUGGUCAGAUCGUUGGUUAGUAAUCUAUCUGAGUUACAUAAUUAUAAGUUAUGGUCAGAAUGUUUGUCUCUGUUUGUCUCUAUGUAUCCUAAGUCAAAAUUAGUUACUAUAGGAUUUCUAGGGUAAAAUGACCGGGUGAGUGAUACAGGGCCCUCAUGGCCCUCUUAAUUUUCAGCAAAGAUCUCAUGCUAGAUUUCUGUGUGGUUUGAGUAUGUUUAUAUCCUAUGCAACAGAUUGUGAUAAAUGAUUGGUCUUUCUACAUGAGUGUGAUAAUAUUUGUCACAUUUCCUUAUGGUUUUAUAAAUUGUAUUAUCUCUGUCACAAAAUGAAAUAUAAACAUUGCAGAUGUUGAAA